AUGCACGUACUUGAUGCAACCGGCAACCUGCAGCUGCUUCCCGCUUCUGUAUUCUGUACCGAACGAUGUACACGGACCACUGAAGACACGAAAGAAAAAAUUGAUAAAGUUUUAUCGAAGUUUAAGACAAUUAGUGACCAAACAACAAAGCAAUUGGCAGAUGUCAUAGACUACGUGGAAAAGAUUCAAAACGACUUAUCUAAUAUUCCAGAAGAGAAUGAACUGAGUGUAGCGCAGUCCCUCAUGCUCUCACAGUGCAUGAAGAAAGUCAAAGAUACAUCUGGCAAAGCAGCAGCUGAUCAUAAGGAGUUACACGGCUCGGUGUCUAAAGUCGGAAAAGCCAUCGAUCGUAACUUCACGCAAGACUUUGGCGUUGUCAACAAAGAUGAGACAUUCUGUGGUCUGGACCAGCCCGAUCUUGUUAAUCAGGUCAUCUGCCAGCACUUCUUCAGACAGGGAAUGUUGGACAUUGGCGAAGCACUAAUUAGGGAAGCAGGGGUUGACAUAGCGGACAAGUCCAAGGAACCGUUCUUUGAGAUGAACCGAAUCCUAGAGGCGUUGAAGAAUGGAGAUCUCCAGCCUGCCCUCAGCUGGGCGUACGACAACAGACAGCUGCUGAGAGACAACCACAGCUCGCUGCAGUUCAAGCUGCAGCGACUGCAGUUCAUUCAGCUGCUGCGCGGGGGACCCGGCAAGCAGGCGGAGAUGCUCGCGUACGCGCGAAACUUUGAGCCGUUCGCCACGCAGCACGAGAAAGAGAUUCAGCAGCUGAUGGGGAGUCUGCUGUACGUGAACAGUGGCGUGGACAACUCGCCGUACGCUCACCUACUGCAGCCGAUCCAGUGGGCCGACAUCUGUGACGUGUUCACCAGGGAUGCUUGCGCUCUGCUGGGUCUCUCCAUAGAGAGCCCUCUUACCCUCGGCAUCAAUGCGGGAUGCAAGGCGUUGCCAGCGCUGCUCAAUAUUAAGCAGGUGAUGUUGCAGCGACAGUGUACAGAUGUGUGGAGCAACAAGGACGAGCUACCAGUGGAGGUGAAUCUAGGAGCCGAGUAUCGCUUCCACUCAAUCUUUGCGUGUCCCAUCCUACGUCAACAAAGCACAGAUAGCAACCCUCCGAUGCGUCUUAUCUGCGGCCACAUCAUCUCACGAGAUGCCCUUAACAAGCUAGCGAAUGGAAACAAGGUGAAAUGUCCGUACUGCCCCGUCGAACAGAGUCCCACAGAUGCCAAGGUUGUCUACUUCUAAGCCAAGGUCAUCAACUUCUAAGCCAAGAUCAUCAACAUCUAAGCCAAGGUCAUAAACAUCUGAGUCAAGGUCAUCUACUUCCGGCAACAAAAGAGCAAGCAAUCGACGUGGAAACAAUGACACACUCAUACUCUUGUUGCCCACCUCCCCAAAUGUACUGCUGCUGUAUUGCGCAAAAAGCUAGAAGAGGGUAGCAGUGAACAAUGUGCGUGUGUUGGCAUUUUCAUUCGUGUUG